UCGCUGGUCCGCACUGGGGUCAAAGUUGACACCAUGCGGAAGUAGCUUCGCCUGUACACACUUUUCCUGCGGUCUUUUUCCUCCGUCAAAAUAAUUAUUGUCUUUUACCGAGAGGUUACCGAAUGUGUGACUGAUUUUGUUUUUUGUUGUCGUACGAACUUCAUACAAAUUACACCGACGGGGGUUUUAAGCAUGACUACCAUUGUCUACGACACCACCGAGGCGGUGUGCCUUUCUGCAGAGUACAACAUAUACCUGAAGCCCAUCGCCAAAAUGACCGUCAGUGUGACGCUCCCGCAGCUCAAGUUGCCCGGAAAAAGCAUCUCAAACUGGGAGGUGAUGGAGAGGGUGAAGGCCAUGGUGGUCCCCGACCAAUUUGCAGCGCUGCGGAUCUCCAAGAGUACCAUGGACUUCAUUCGUUUUGAGGGAGAAGUGGAGAACAAAACUGUGGUUAAAAGCCUGCUGAGUCGCCUGGAUGGGAAGAGCAUCAAGCUGAGUGGAUUUACUGACGUCUUAAAGGUCCGAGCAGUUGAGAACAAAGUGGACUUCCCUACAAGGCACGACUGGGACUCGUUCUUUCGAGAUGCCAAGGACAUGAAUGAGACUCUGCCGGGUGAGCGGCCGGACACGAUUCACCUGGAAGGGCUGCCAUGCCGCUGGUUCAGCCAGAAACAAGGCAACUUUCCGGAUCGGCCGUCCGAGGAGGCCCUCGUCGCUGUCUUCGAGAGCUUUGGCAAGGUGCGAAACAUCGACAUCCCCAUGCUGGAUCCAUACAGGGAGGAGAUGCUGGACAAGAACUUCAAUACCUUUAGUUUUGGAGGCCACCUGAACUUUGAGGCGUAUGUCCAAUACCAAGAGUACUGCGGCUUCACCAAGGCCAUGGACACACUGCGUGGAAUGAAGCUGAUGCUGAAAGGAGAUGACGGAAAGGCUGUCGCCUGCAACAUAAAGGUGAGCUUUGACACCACCAAACAUCUGAGCGAGCUGGCCAUAAAGAAGCGAAACCUGGAGAGGCUCAAGCUGCAGGAGUUGGAAAAACAGCGAGAGGAGCAGAAGCGACGGAAGAAGGAGGAGGAGGAGCGACGCAAAGAGCAGGAGCGGAAACAGAAAGAGCAGGAAGCAGAGGAAAGAGAGAGGAAGAAGGAGGAGAGGCAGCGGAAACGCGAGCAGAAGCUGCAGGAGAGAGAGGAGAGGAAGAACCUGAAGAGGGUGAGGAAGCAGCAAGAGGAGGAGCAGAAGAAGCUUCAGAUGAAGAUCGCCAUGGAGGAGAGGAGGCUGCUUCUGGCUCAGCGGAACCUGGAAUCCAUCCGGAUUAUUGCUGAGCUGCUGGCCAGAGCCAAGGCUCUCAAGCAGGAGCAGCUGGAGAAGGAAAGGGCUGAACGCGAGGAACUUGAAAGGCAGGAAAAGGCUCGACAGGAGGAGGAACUGGCCCGUCGGAAGCAGCUUGAGGCCCGCCGCCGUAAGCAGCAGGAGGAGCUCCUCAGGGUGGAACUGGAGAAGGAGCGGGCUCUAGACCUCCAGCGGCGGGAGAAGGAGCUGAGAGAGAGGUUGCUCUCCAACAUGUUGAAGAAGAGCUGUGAGAAACCCACCAGAGAUACCGGCUCACAGGAACAGGCCGAUCCUACAGGUAGGGAGGAGGCCUCUGAUGCUGCCAGGGAAAAUGUGACCCUGGUGGUCCUGGGCCAGGUGAACGGCAUGACUGCAGUAGAGGGCAUGUCCAAACCAGGUGUUCCUUCUGACAUUUCAGGGAAAGGUAGAGGAACAAAGGAAAGGAAAGGAAGUGAGGAUGUAAAGAAGACUCGGGAGGAGAACCGGAAAGAGGAGAUGAGGAGCAGGCGCAGCGAAGAGAAUACAAGGCACCACGACAGCUCACACAGAGACCGGAGCUCGAGGAGCCAUGGUAGGAGGCGUCACUCCAACGGGAGUAGAAGAAGAAGGAGCGUCAGUCACCAGAGGACCUCCAGUCAUCACAGGAGGAGCUACAGUCCACACCGGAACAGGAGGCGUAGCCACAGCCACUGGAGCAAGAGCUCCAGCUCCAGCCGGGACAGGAGCAGGAGCAGCAGUGGGAGGAGCUACAGCAGGGGGAGGAGCCGCCAGGACAACAGCUGCCGUAAAUACAGCAGAGGGAGCUCCAGGAGCAGCAGCAGGGGCAGAGACAGGAGCCGCUACAGGCGUGGAUGCAGGAGGCGCAGCUACAGCAGAGACAGGAGUCACUCCAGAAGAUAAAGACACUCCUCCAAUCUUCUCUUUUCUCUCAUUGCUACACUUCUUCUGGAUGUUCUUCAUUUGUGCUUUUGGUGACCAAAUGCAAGAAAACCAGAAACACGAGAAGCUGCUAACACUUCGGUUCACCACUCAGCAACUUUUAACUCGAUUCCAAGACAUAGAAGAAGCAUGUGAAUUAUACAGGACACAAUGGAAAUUAAUACAACAUGCGCAUUUUACUCAUUUGUUGCACACCCAACAGUUUAAUAGGUACAUCCUUACUAAACACCUAUGAGUCCAUCUCCAUUUGUGGUCUGUAGAAAAUAAAGCUGAUCCUUAAUACUAGUAUUCACUCUGCUUGGAGCGUCUACAAUGUUUACGAAUGGCCUCCAACAAGUCCCGGGACCACCUCUCCUGCUAAGCGAAUAACUCAGCUGCUGUUACACAGAUGUGAAAUUAACACUUGAAGACUCAUCUCAGGCUGCCUCCAAUAUUGCUGACGUUAGUUUUUAUGUCAUCUUAUUACCAAGCAGCUCUGGAAAACUCAGGAUUUCGAACCUCAGGAGUGACACUUAAAGGGUUCAACCAUCUUUAUUUCCCUAAAGACUGAUUAAAACAAUUUUUUUUAAUUGCCUGAAUGUUUCACAAGAGACGUCCCCCUCACAGUGAGCCAGAGUACUGUACGCCUCACCGUGUGACGUUCUCUGCAGUUUAUUGUCCCAUUAGCAAGAAUAAUGACAUUACACAGGCUGUAGAAAGGUAUGGUGUUUAAAUAUUGGUGCAUAUGGACAUGCUGACAAACGGGCACGUGCCAUCCGAAGGUUUCCUGUGUACUUGAUAAGGAAAUGUGCAAAUUCAGUUAUUUUUACUUAAUUUAAAAACGACUGGAAUCAUUCAGAAAAUACAUUUAGGAUACAGUUCAAUGGACAAAUAUUGUUUUUUAUUUUAUGUUAGCAUUACAGUAGAUCAUUUUUGCGAGAGUUAUGUUCCAGACUUAAGUAGUGAAUGGCAAUUUUUCAGAUGUUAUCCAAGAAGAAGAAAGAGUAAUCACAACAUAGUUUCCAUAAAUAAUGGAAUGUUGGGAUUGUCUCCAUUGAUUUCAUACUUGACAUUGUAGCUCUGGAUAAGGAUCCUCGUGGCCCAGACUGCUUUUAACUGGAUUAGAGUGUUUCAAUUUGUCACGUGACUGUACUGUGUAGCAAAGUCCUGGAGCAUGUUCAACAUCAGGCAGUUCCAAUAAAAUUGAUUUCU